UAAAUCAGGACAUAGAGAGGGCAAGGAGGGGAGGUAGAGAGAGAUCUAGUGACCAGAGAUAUUCUACUCCUAGCCCGCACAUUAGAGCAUUAAUCCCCGGGUACCGUACGCGUUACUUUCUCUCUCGCUUCCUUUGCGAGCAUUAUAUAUUUUCGCUUCAACGCUUCUGGUCUUCCAAACGGUCAUAUUUCUCCGUAGGCGAACGCCAAAGUUACAAACAAAGUGAGUUUCGUUUAAGAUCCCAGAAGAAAGAGGAAAGUAGAUGAAGGGAGGGUUGGUUGUGGAUAGUGGGUUUGUAUACGAAGAGGAGAAGCAUCUCACAGUGCUUAAAACCUCUUUGUUCUUUGCUAAUGAUGGCUUCACCGUCUACGAUUGCAGUGGUCAGUUAGUCUUCCGAGUUGAUUCCUACGGCCCUGGUACCCGCGAUACCGGUGAAGUAGUUCUCAUGGACGCUCAUGGCCGUUGUCUUCUCACUGUGAGGAAAAAGAGACCAAGCCUACAUCACCGAUGGGAAGGCUAUAUAGGGGAAAGAACAGAGGGACAGAAACCGAUCUUCAGCGUAAGAAGAUCAUCAAUAAUCGGACGGUGCAGUGUGGCCGUAGAAGUGUAUGAGAAUCCAGGGGAAGAGUACCAGAUAGAAGGGUCCUUCGCGAAUAGAUGCUGCACAAUCUUGAAUACAAAAAAAGAAUCUGUGGCUGACAUCAAACGCAAAGUGGAUGCCUCCACUAACGUGGUGCUUGGCAAGGAUGUUUUUUCUCUCCGCCUAAGGCCUGGCUUUGAUGGGGCGUUUGCCAUGGGAUUGGUUCUGGUGCUUGAUCAGAUCAAUGGUGAUGAUUAUGUGGAGGAUGGGACCGAGGUGUCCCCGACCGCAGAGGAACAGUGAUGGUGAUUUUUGGGGGAAAGAUAGGUUUCGGGUAAUGUGAUGGCAGUGGUGGAGUUGUCCCUUGAUAGGGAAUCCACAUGUGUCGGCCCUCAACCUCUUGAUUUUUUAUUAAAUGAUCAAAACGACAUGUGUAAUGCUCUAUGAAGAUGAGGAGGGAUUAGAGGAGCUUGUUUGUUCAUAUGGAAUUAAUAAUAUUUCAUUGUCUA